AUGAAUUUUAAACGACCCGAAGAUCUCACCCUCCCUUCAAUCCAUUCUAUCCCUCCACUUCCUCCAUUUCCUUCGAAAAUUCAUCUCUCUGAUCAAACUUUGGAGAUUCCCCUAACCCUUCCUUCAAUCCGUGCCCCUCUCAUGAAAAACCAGCAAGCUCUUCCAUCAUUAAAAUCUCUUGGUCUCAUUGUGGGAAAUUCGCCUUCUUCAAUUUCCCAAACAUAUUCCCCAACCUAUCCCUCAAAUUUUCCCCAGACAAUUCCUCAGCGUCAAGAAUUUCGUUUUAUUCAUCAUCGUCAACAUCAAGAUAAUUUUCGACCAUAUUACCACAAUCACCGUUUUCGACUUUCGCCUAAAAAUCCUGACGUCUCCUCCUCAACCAAAGUAAAAAAAAAAUUCUAA